CACUGGCUGUCAUAUUAGUCGCUAACUAAACUCAAAUCAAUAUGAAGCUGCUCUCGAUCACCUUCCUGCUGGGUCUCUUGGCUCUGGCCAGUGCAACUCCUCUGAAUCCCGGCAAUGUGAUCAUCAACGGCGAUUGCAGGGUUUGCAAUGUUCGAGGCGAUUAAUUAUACAAAUACCUUCAAUAAACAUCAGCAGAAGCCGAAAAACAAACUAAAUAAUAAACUAAUUAAAUGUGUAAAUCCCGAAAA